GUCCGUGCGCUUUAAGAGGCAACCUGGCGAGUGGUGGGGCGCUUCUUCGUGCUGUGGCUCACGCUCGGAUAGGGGAGGCCGGGACUGUUCUGGCUGCGACGAUCUCUGCGGCGGCGACGGCUGAGGCUAUCGGAGGAGCGACCGAGUAGGGUCUGAAGGAGGGGCUUCUGGUCCGCUCAGGCAGCUGGAAGGUGAACACCAGAGAAGCAGAAUACACUGUACCAGGGAAACUUUACAGUGGGAGCUUUAAUCGGUUUUGUUAAAGCUUCUAUCAUAAUGAAUGGAUCCAGUGUGGCAAAUACAUCCCCCAAUGUAAAAUCCAAAGAGGACCAGGGGUUAAAUGGGCACGAUGAGAAAGAAAACCCAUUUGCAGAGUACAUGUGGAUGGAGAAUGAAGAGGAUUUUAACAGACAGGUGGAGGAGGAGCUGCUGGAGCAGGAGUUCUUGGACCGGUGCUUCCAGGAGAUGCUGGACGAGGAAGACCAAGACUGGUUUAUCCCAUCGCGAGACCUGCCUCAGGCCAUGGGACAGUUGCAGCAACAGUUAAAUGGACUAUCUGUCAGCAAUGGUCAUGAUUCUGAAGAUAUUUUGAGCAAAAGUAACCUGAACCCGGAUGCCAAGGAAUUUAUUCCAGGAGUGAAGUACUGAGCUGACAGAGAAACUUUGAGGAGGACUUGUAUGUCCCCACAUAUGGGGACAGUGCUGCACAAAAAGGCAGAGCUGA